UAGUUUUAGCUGUUACCCGUGGUCUCUUGCCAGCUCGCGCAGAGUCUGACGCGGGCUAACUACACUACUAGAUAGCAUGCGAGAGGCGAUACACGCCCUGCGUUGCAUCUUCUGGUGCCUCCGAGGUACGCAGAGCACGCGGAUCGAUCAUGCCGUAGUAAGCCGUUGUGUAUUUGCAUAUUGGCUUUUUCGCGCUCUAGCUUUGCAACGGAGCGUUUUCAGCGAAAACCACACAUAUUUUCUGACCUUCAUUGCCCGUUCAGUAGAUGGUAGCGUUUCUGGGACGAACAGACAUUCGAGAAGUGAGAUUGAGAGUAACAGACACACACACACACCCAACUACAGUACCCUCGCUGCGCAUGCGCGCCGAGGGUAACUACCGUAACCCUCGCUGCGCAUGCGCGCCGAGGGUUAAUGAGUAUUACUGAGUGAGUGUUGAAAGAACUAACGUUGAGUGAAUCUCCACGAUGGUGGCUGUGCCAAGACUCGGGUAGGGAGUUGUGGCCUGCU